AUGUUAAAACGAGUUCUUAUUGUUAAUAAAAGUUUUUGUUCAGCCGGUUUGGAGGUUAUGAAAGACAAAGUACAAACAACUGUAAUUCCUUAUAUGGAUUCGGAGCCGGAGAGCCUUCCUGAAAUAAAGAAGAAUAUUUCUGGUCACGAUGCAAUCAUCUGGAAUACGAAGCAUAAACUAACUAAAGAAAUUUUGGACUUGGCAGCCAGUGAGUUUAAAUUUUGGCUACAGCUUUUCGAAGACUAUAUGGUGGCGGUGGGAAAAAAUGCGGCUGAAGACAAAGUCAAGCUUUCUCUUUUACUAAAUAUGAUGGGGCCAGAGGCAGCUCGUAUUUUACAGACAUUGCCCAUAAAAGAUGAAAAUGCAGAAAAGUAUACAAAUGUAAUCGACGCGAUAAAAUUAUUCGUAUCACCGCAAAUUAAUAAUAGCUUUGAGCGGUUUAAAUUCAACGAGAGAAAACAACGAUAUGGUGAGCCAUUUGAAAUGUUUCUCACAAAUUGCAGAGAGCUUAUUAAAACAUGUGAGUACAAUGUAACAUCAGAUUCGGAGCCCUUAGAAAAUCAGAUUCUUCGUGAUAAAAUCGUGCAUGGAGUGUAUGACAAAGCUAUUCAAAAAAAUCUUUUACGAAUUGAAAAUUUAACAUUAGAGAAAGCCAUUCAUUACUGCAGGACAUCUGAACAGAGUAAAAAACAAGUACAGCAAAUGAAUACAAGCACCGCAGUAGAAGUGGACGUGUUGAAAAAGACGAUUAACAACACAUUUUCAUGCAUGAGAUGCCAGAAACAACAUGGUCCGAGACAAUGUCCAGCAUUCGGGAAGCGUUGUUCAAAAUGUGGGAUACUCAAUCAUUUUGCAGUCAGUUGCAGAAAGAUACCCCAACAUGCCAAGAAAGUUAAAGAAGUAAAAUUUGAUGAGAAGCCCGAUGACACCAGCAGUAGUGAGGAGUUGUUUUGCGGGAUGACCAAAUUCAAGGAUACCUGCUCCAACGAUUGGUAUGAAAAUAUAAAUAUUGAAAGUCCUCAACUAAAAGUAAUCUCAACAAUGUCAUCGGGCACUGACCAGACGGAUAUCGAAGAGAUUAAGAGGAGGGGCAUACGCUUGGGUAAUACAACUAAAGUGCUUGAUAAUGCCGUGGCUGACAUCACAGUAGCUUUGAUGAUUACUGCCGCAAGACGGUUCAAGGAAGCUGUGCAUGAGUUGGAAAGCGGUCAAUGGAAGUAUGGCGUCCAGUGGAUGCUAGGUCAGGAUGUGGCCGGAAGCACCGUGGGUAUCAUUGGUUUCGGCGGUAUCGGACAGGCGGUACUCCGGAGACUCCGUGGAUUCGAUGUCGCGCGGUUCCUUUAUAGUGGAAGGACCGAUAAACCUGAAGCAAAGACUCUCGGCGCUGAGCGAGUGCCCUUGGAGCAGCUACUCAAAGAGAGUGACUACGUGUGCCUCUGUUGCCCUCUGAGCUCAGAGACCAGGCACCUGAUCAAUGCUGACACACUGAAGCUUAUGAAGAAUACCGCCGUUUUAGUUAACAUCGCUAGAGGAGAAAUUGUGGACCAAGAAGCUUUGUACGUGGCUCUCAAGGAAAAGCAGAUCUUCGCAGCCGGGUUAGAUGUGGUCACGCCUGAACCCUUACCAAAAGAUCAUCCGUUGUUAUCCUUGCCGAACUGCUAUGUCGUACCACACUUGGGCAGCGCUACAAUUCAGACUCGCAACGACAUGGCGACAAUAGCGGCCCACAAUGUUUUAUUGGCACUGGAGGGCAAGCCUAUGUUGUCUCCAAUAUGCUAA